AACUUGUUUCGGCUAUUGUAUCAGUUGAACACGGGACGUCGGUGUUCGUAGUUGGCGGUUGUGCCGUUUCUAACCUAACCUGUUGAGCGUCUCUCUGCGCGUUCUUUGAACGAUUCUCGGUAUUGUAACGGAUUCCGUCGUUUGAACAAGAAGCAACUGUUACGACGAAAAAGCUACGAAAAUGGGUUGCGGAAUGGGAUUGGUCAAAACUUUACUCUUCGUAUUCAACUUCAUUUUUGCGGUAUGCGGGUUGGGUAUCCUAGCCGUUGGUAUCGUUGUGCACCUAAACCUAUCAGAUGUCACCGAACGGCUUGACAUCAACGUUAUGUUCCCAUCGAUAUCUUUGAUGGUCGUUGGUAGCAUAAUAUUUGUGAUAUCGUUCUUCGGAUGCUGUGGCGCCAUUCGCAGCAGCCACUGCAUGAUUGUUACCUUUGCCUCGAUGCUAAUGCUCAUCUUGCUGCUUCAAGUAGCAGUCGCAGUGUAUGCCUUCGUGAUCAUUAAGCCUGUAUCCAGCGACGACAUCGAACGUACUUACGAUGAGCUAUUCCAGGAAUACCCUAACAAACCCGAAGUUGAAGAAGCAGUGAAUAUUGUUCAGUCUGGUUUCCAAUGUUGUGGUGUCAAAUCUAAGUGGGAUUUCAAUGCCCACGGUAAUUUCACUGGCAAAAUUCCCUGGAGUUGUUGCGGCAAAAAGGAAGGAGAAGUUUGUGAAGCAAACGAGUCGUAUGAUGUGGGUUGUGCAGAACAAUUGAAAAACGCAAUUCAAGUAGCAGGAACCUUGUUGGGUGCUGUUGCUAUUGGUAUUGCCGCGGUUGAAUUAAUCGGCAUCAUUUUCGCACUUUGCCUUGCGAAUUCCAUCAGGAACGCUGAGCGUAGAGGUUACAGGGUGUGAGAGCAUUAAGAAGCAUUAAAGAAAGUACAUUUUGCAUAAAAAGUAAUAUAAUUGAUAACACUAUCAUUAAAUGAUUCGAUUGUAAUAUUCGAAUAGAGGUUAUUGUUACUAUCAAAACAAAUUUACACAGUUUUUUAAUACAUUUUAUAGGAGAGCAAAUUCUAGAUCCUGAAAGUAUCUGUUUUACAUUUUUGUGUAUCAGUUUUGUUUGUAAUUUGUACCUUUUGGUGUGCAAGAUUGAAACACGUAAACGUGUUGUGUAAAAUGAUUCUUUUUUAGUUUUGAUAUAUUUCUGUGAAAUUGGGUAUAUUACGUAUGUCGUCGGAACAACAGUAAUAAUAGUGAUAAACCGGUGCAAAAUAUUUAUUUCUAGAGGCUUGAUAAUAUACUUUUUAUUUGAUCAUAACAACUUACCAUUUUUUGUUUGUGUACACAA